AUGGACACUCAACUCUUGGUUAUUCUAAUUUUCGCCUACUUCGUUACUGCCGUCAGAGCUGGGAAUCAAAUUUACGCAAGGUUGAAGCGUAAGUCACGACUUUUUUUGGAGGUUUAAAAUACGUCAUCUUCAUUUGCCGUCGUGAUUUUGCAGACCAUGAAAUCUUGGUAAAUUGGAAGGUAGAUUGGGAGAGUCAGGAGAUCGAAUUUGAUUUGGCCGUACGAGGAAAGCCCUUCAAAUGGCUGGGCUUUGGAUUUUCGGAUCAUGGAAAGUGGGAAGGAAGCGAUCUUUGUGUGUGGAAGAGAGGAGAGAGGUAUUUGAAGGUAAAGUCUAAAUUUUGAUAAAAAUUCUGCAAAAACGGCCACGGUUUCUGUAAAUUACAGUAGAAUCUAUAUAAAACAAAAUAUCUUACAACAAAGCCUGUAUAUAACGUACAAUUGUAAAAACCUUGAAGGUGAAUUUUGGGUCAAGGGAGCCUCCAUGGGUCAAGGGAGCCUCGCGAAGCUUUUCUAUCGAGAACAAACCUUGUGGUCCAAGAUAUGUUGCAUAGGGGUUUGUAUGUUGCUUACCGCCUCAUUGGAAAAAGGGCCUUACAAGGGAUCGGCAAAUAGUUGUAACCUGCUUUCUUAACGAAACCUAUAUCAUUUGAAAGAGCAUUAAAAAUAGUUCACAGCGCAAAAAGAAUUAGCUGCCUAAAUUCACUUUGGACAAAGUUAUGGCCAAAAUACAGAUUUUAGCCUAAUUUCCGCCUCGCUUUAUAAGCUCUCGGAAUGGCAACAGAGUUGUGUCCAGUUGGCCGAGUGGUAGUGAGCCCACUUCCGGCGCAGCGAGUCCUGGUUUCGAAUCCGGUCUCUGUAAAUAUUUUGCGUUUCGUCUCUUAUAUGCCACAAAACCAUGGUAUGUUGACAUUUUUUAAUAAUUUUUGUUCCUCCGCAGACAAAAUCCAUGGUUACGCAAUUUUUCUGAGUUUUUGAAUUUUUUUGAAACGACCACAAAUUUGAUGGUGAUGAGAGUGGGUAUGUCACUAUCGUAUAAUUCCAAGGGUGUUAUGCCAGUAGCCUGACCGAUUAUGAUUGCUGGAGGAUAAUUCAAUUUACAAGGGCCUAUAAAUACUUUUUCUGAAAAAAUACGAAGAUAAAAUUGUAAAAUCGGCCAAAGACACUAUUGCUGGCACAGUGGACCAACCAUUGGUAAGGCUAGGACAUAAGAAAUUUUCGAUUUUGAAAUUUUUGUUUGUGAAUGACCACGACGAUCAUAUAAAUCUAUUUCCAAAGCUUUUUGCUCCAAUUUUCCCUUUAACCUAGUUUUAUUUACAAUUUACUGUAACCAGCAGUAAUGUCUAAUAACAUACAACCGAGGAUUGGUAAAGCCAUAAAACGACCGUGAUAGACGCUUUUGGAUACCAGAAAAUUAAUAAAGACAAUUUCAAACCGCCAGGAUUACUGUAAUAUAAGGAACCGGCGUUUUGGCCGCAUAUAACCCCUUUCAAAAAGCGGUCGUAUCUAUGCCCCAAGGUAAUUUAGGCAGCUAAUUUUUUUUGCGCUGUGCACUAUUUUUAAUGCUCUUUCAAAUGAUACAUGUUUCGUAGAGAAAGCAGGGUGCAACUAUUUGCCGAUCCCUUGUUAGGUGAUCUUUCAAUUCCUUUGAAACAGAGUAAUUUUUAUUCGUGUCUUUAAAAUCUUAAAUUUAUUCUUAUAUUCAUAUCAAAAUGAAACUUUAAUUGACCUAGUAUAGCUCCGCAAAGCUUCUCAAAUUAAUUUCCAGGACACCCACAUCCGCUCCAACCUCUUUAUCCACACCGAUGCCCAUCAAGAUUGCCGUAUGGUAAAAGUGAACAAAGCCAAAAAUCGAAUCAAAUUUCUGCGGAAAUUUGCGACUUGUGAUCCCCGUGACUACGCUAUUGAAUUUGGAACAACACAAUUCCUCCUGGCGAUCGCCCCACGUGUUCCAGUCACGCUGAACUCGACCUAUGUGGAGAAAGCGAUUCAUUAUUCGAGUAUUUUGGAGAAGCCGGUGCCACAAACCGAGCUGGAGGAGGAAAUUCGAAUCAUAAAUAUCACCGCGAUAGAUGCGGAAGUUCCAUCGGUAGUGACGUCAUAUUGGUGUGGGCUUUUGGAACUGCCAAAAUAUCUUCAAAGACAGAAGCAUCAUGCCGUGAGAUUUACCGCGUUGAUCACUCCCGGCAAUGAAGAUAUUGUUCAUCACAUGGAGAUUUACAACUGCUACAAGUAUGUGCCGAAGGGAACAAAAUUUAAUGGAAAUUGCAUGGAAAAGCCGAGGGUUUUGCAGUCAUGCAGCAAAGUGGUGGCGGCUUGGGCUUUUGGCGCUGAUGUAAGUGUCAUUUUGGGAGGUAGCUAGUUGACAGGGGAGGUCUCUCUAAGUACGAAGCUUAGGUUUCGAUGGAACCUACCGUAAAGUUGUAUCAGUUCGUUGAGAAAAUAAUUCGGACUUUUUUCAAAAUGUCGGAAAAUUGGUGCCCUAAAUGGUGAUUCCAAGGCGCGAUGAUUUCGAAUUAUUUUUCCGACAGACUGAUAAAAAAAAUAUUCUGUAAUAGGAUAUUUUUUAUCAUUAAAUUAUAGGCGGAAUAUAGGCAAAAAUGAAGCAUAUAGCUGCCUAAAAAAGGCUUAAAAUUCAAAAAUUUUUUUUGGUGGGGAUAUGCAAAUUUCGCAAAAAGAUGGCUUAAAAACGUAUUUUUUCUCUAAUCGGCAAUUGCCGUAUCGCUUCUGGAAAGUAUGAGCUUAAAUUUUCAAUAAUUAAUUUGUGACUUACUUAGACCCUUUAUGCUUAUCUCUGAAGAUGACUUGACCUUUUUAUUAUGACCUAUUCCUUUAUAAAAACGUAAUUUAUUCUUAUUACAUCUAAAAAUCAUUACAUCAAUCCUCCAUUUCAGACCCUCGACUACCCAAAAGAAGCCGGAAUGCCGGUUGGCGGAGAAGGCUAUGUUCCGUAUUUGAUGGUGGAAAUCCACUACAACAACCCGUUCAAGCACCAAGGGCGGAUUGACAACUCCGGCUUCACAAUCACAUUGACCCCUCAGCUUCGUCCCAACGACGCUGGAAUCACCGAAUAUGGGCUGAUUUAUUCGGAUGCCAACAGUAUUCCGCCAGGGCAAUCGGCUUUCGCCAUAAGCGGAUUUUGUGUGCCACAGUGUACAAAGCAUCUGCCUAAGGGUGAGUUGUAAAAUUUUGUAAAUUUGAAGUAAAGACCUCGUAUUUUACAAUAAUUUUUAGAUGGAAUUCGAGUGUUUGCGACGCAACAGCACGCUCACUUGACCGGUCGAAAAAUCCGGACCGUUCAUUAUCGCAAGGGCGUCAAAAUGGGCUACAUAAACUUUGAUGACCAUUACACAGCGCAUUGGCAAGUCAUCAGGAGGCUGGAAAAUCAUGUUCAUGUGCUUCCCGGCGAUGUAAUUCAAACAACUUGCAGUUUUGAGACCAGCCAUCUGAAUCGGUGGACUUGGGUGAGAUAUUUGAAUCAUUUCUUAUCAAUUCUUAUCGAGUUUUCAGGGCGGAUACGGAAUUGAUGAUGAGAUGUGUGUAAAUUACAUGUUCUACUACCCCGCCUCGGACCUGGAGGUGUGCAAAACAGCAAUCUCGAAUAUCACGUUGGACCACUUUUUCAAAAGACAGUAAGUUUAUAAUACUACUGUGAGAGAUCUUUCCAGUCUUCCAAACGAAAAUCUAACGGGCCUUGGGAUCCACGAAAAAUAUGAGAAACUAAACUUGGAUGAAGAAUUGGUGCAAGAAUUGAGUGAAUGGUACGAUGUGCAGCCGCUGAAAGUGGAUUGUUUGGAUCACAGUGGGCAACUUUUUCCGGUGAGUAGUUCUUAAAAAAUAUGCGGAAAGCAAUAUGUACAGUGGCGGACCUGAUCCAGGGGCAAAAAACUUACCAUUUAGCAUCCGGGAAGCAUCAAAAAAUGUGGCACAAUGCCUCCCUCUCCUACUAAAAAGACUCCGUUUUGGAGCACUUUCCCCCACAAAAAGAGUGGGUGCGCCUUUUCCACUUGCAGAGGGAGGUAUUUUGCUACAUUUUUUAUGCUUCCCGUACGUUUUUUGUCACUGAAUCAGGUCCGCCACUGUAGGUAGCGCUUGAAUUGCGAAGACUUUAUUUAAAUUCCGAUUGCCGUGUUUGUGUGGGCCAUCUUUAAGCCGCUGAGGAUUUUAGCUUGUUGUUUGCAGAACUGAUUUUUUUGGGGAAAUUUAAUUGACGCCUUGAGGAAGAGAAGAUAAUUUUCCUAAUUUUCCACAAGCAAAAAUGUUCAAAUUUGCCAAGUUGGUUAACCGAUUUGCUUGUGACUUCAAAAUCUCUAAAGUUUCUGAAAAAAGCGAGGCCAAAACCCUACCACAUUUACAACUUUCCCUUACAAGGGAUCGGCAAAAGCGCGCAUCCUGGUUUUUUCUUGAAACAUGUACCAUUUGAAAGAGCGUAAAAAACUGGUCUAGGAUCACAUUUUAUUAGCUGCUAUUUUUGCUCUACGCCUUCGCUAGCGAGUGCUUCGGUGGCCUAGUGGGGUAAGGCGCUGAACGAGGCGAACCUGCGAACCGGGUUCGAAACCUCUUUUGAUUUUUUUUGAUUUUCUUUAUAUUGCAAAGCAAAUAAGGCCUGGAAAUAGUGUUUGAGUGUCGUGUAGACAUUUGUGGUAUAAUCGGAGUAGUUUUUUAAGAAAAAACGGAGAUUUUUUAAAUUCUUUCAAAUUUGUAGUACUUGCCCUUGAAGUGGGUAUCUUCUAUGGCUGGAACUUUCAACGACUUUCAGAUUUUUACGAAUUAAGCCCAGUAACGGAAAGUACGUGAAAAUUGAGUCUGAAAACGGUUUACAUGUUUUCUACCCGCUAUGUUGCAUUGGGUUACACGACCUAAAAGAUCGCGUGAUCACACAUUGUGAACAUGGACUUGGGUAUCUCAAGGUCGGAAAAAAGUGUGUAUUCUUUGGCAUAGGGUGAAGCGUUGGACGUCAUAGGUACGUAUGGGACAUAUGAAAAGUAAUUAUUGAAUCUUUUUAGCCGUUCAGAAGCAAAGAGUCGUGAAAUCCAACCGGGAUUUUUUAAAAAAUGAUCGCUAGGGCGUAGAGCAAAAAUAGCAGCUAGUAAAAGGUGAUCCUAGACCAGUUUUUUGCGCUCUUUCAAAUGGUAUAUGUUUCAAGAAAAAACCAGGAUGCGCGCUUUUGCCGAUCCCUUGUUAGGCGGAUGCUUUGACCAUAGUGGGAGACAAAAUUCCCUUCUAGCUAGAGCAGAUUUCCUUGAGGGAUACUGUUGGCAUAUCAGCCCAUUUUCGGUGAUUCCAGCGUUGUUGGGGCGAAUCUGAAGAGUCAAUGUUAUUGUGAAGCGAGAAUUGCCAAUCCUCCUUUGUGCGUAAAAAAUGACUAAUUAUUUUUAGGACGAAGACUGGGAACACGUGCCUCGUCCAGAGACCUUUGCCGGCUCCUACGAACGACGUCGAGCGGCGAUGGAAUGUCCGGCGAUCAACAGAUAA